AGUCGUGCUACUCGCGGCUCCCGAUAUAUCCGCCAGUGUUCCAGCGGCCGGCCCGCUCCCUGCCCGCUCCAUACCGCGCCACUACUAUCAUAACGCGCUCUAUGGGAAAUUUAUUGCUCCAGUAUAAAUUAACUGUAUUGUGGGAUCAACGCCGUUUGAUCUGUUAUUCGCAUCAGCGUCAGGAGUGAGCUGCUGCGUAAACACCGGGAUUUAUGUGGUUAGAGCAGUGAGUGUCGGUGUGUGGCCAGUGUCGGUGGUGUGGUGGUGUAGUGGAGAUGGAGACUGUGUGCUGGUGAGCUACCCUCGACGGCAGCAUGUCGCGCCGGGAGGGCCGCGUGGAGCGCGGGGAGUACCCGCUACCGCCGCCCAGCAAGUGUGCCAAAGUGUUGUACUACACAUGGAAGCUAUGUUCGGUGGUGUUCUCCCACUUCGUGAUGAUCAGCCUGGUGGUGGCCUACUGCAUCCUGGGAGCCGUCACCUUCGAGAAACUGGAAGCCCAGCACGAAAGAGAGGUGAAGCAGAACAUAUCUCAGAUACGCAGCAACACGACGCAGAGCAUCUGGACGAUGACUCGCACCGUGCCACUCUUCAACCAGACCAAUUGGACCUCUGAGGUCGUCGACAUGCUCAAGGACUUUGAGAAUGCGAUCCUGCUGGAGAUGAAGGUCCGUGGCUGGGACGGCAAUGAGAGCACCGACCACAUCCAGUGGACCUUCACAGGCGCGCUCUUCUACUCUAUCAUCGUCAUCACCACUAUUGGUUACGGGCACAUUGCGCCCAAGACGCAGACGGGCAAGGUGGUGACGAUAUUCUACGCGAUCCUGGGCAUCCCACUCAUGUUGCUGUGUCUAUCCAACAUCGGUGACGUCAUGGCGUCCUCAUUCAGGUUCCUCUACUGGCGCGUGUGCUGCUACGUGUGCACUCGCCCUCCAAAGCGCCGCCACCGCCACCAUCCCUCCACGAGGCGGUCGGUGCGCGGUGGCAGCGUGCGCGGCUCGACGCGGCGGCGCGCGCGCCCCAUCGAGCGCGCGCACUCGGACACCGACUGCAGGUAUCGCGACAGUGGGUACAGCAGUGGGCGCGUGCGCAGGCCGCGGGGCCCCGCGAGUCACGCCGCCUCACUCCCGCGCACCAGGUCGCAGCCACCACCGCAUGCCAGACUACAUGUAGGCAGAGACUACGACUUGGAGGAGUCGUCACCAGUCCGUUAUGAGAAGCAUGGCCGAGAGGGACGAGACGUAUACGAUGAUGACGAUAGAGCAGAGGAGUUCCCUAAGAUUUCGUUACCACUACAAGACCUAGAGGCGGCAUUGCAAGACCUGGAAACUCAUCACAUGAAAAUAUCUUCAAAAGCGGAGUUACGUAGCAAAUCUCUACCUCGACCAGCGAAAGCAAAGCCCGAGUAUGGGCCGCGGCGAGACUUCGAUGAUCAGAGACAUUUCGAAGAUGAUCCCAGAGAUAUGUAUGAGAUGCAUGACCUACAUGACGUGGACUAUGAGAAUUAUAAGGAAAGACAGGCAUUGGAGAGAGAGCGGCGGAGGGAGCGAGAGGAACUGUAUGGUUACAGAGAUCGCGGGUAUGAUCCAGAAGAUGAGGAUUUUGAGUUCGACUAUCCGAAGGGCAGGAGGUCGAGACGUGAUAUGAGGGCGGAGAGAGGCAGGUCGGAGUACGUGGAGCGUGAGGAGCCAUGGGAGCGGUCCCACCGGCGCCAGCGCCGCGCACGCUCCGCCAUGUACGACAGUGAGCGCUGGGACGAGGAGCGACCACCACCUCCGCCCCCCGAGCCGCGCCGCCCACUGCGGAGACUGCACACUGUAGACGACAGUAGAUACCGUACACGUACGCCCUCUGUGGAGAGAGAUGACUGGAGCGACGAGGUGGCGGUGGUGCCGCGACGCAGUAGGCCACCCCAAGCAUGGGGCUCCCGAGCUUCUGAGAUAUACCACCCGCCUUCCGAUGUAGUUAAGGAGGAGAUAAAGCCGGUCCCGAUCUGGUUGUGCGUGUUCCUGGUGGCAUCGUACAUCGUGGCAGGAACGUUCCUCUUCAAGAGCUGGGAGAGCUGGGAGUACCUGGACGCCGCUUACUUCUGUUUCAUCACACUCACCACCAUCGGCUUUGGCGACUUCGUGCCCGCUCAGGGUCAGAGUGUGGACGACCCGGCAGCGGCGGUGCACUCCAUAGCUCUGUGCUCGCUGUACUUACUGUUCGGGAUAGCGCUGCUGGCCAUGUCGUUCAACCUGGUGCAGGAGGAGGUGCGCGCCAAUGUCGCCGCACUCGCCACCAAGCUCGGGAUCAUCAAGCCGAGGGACACACAGCCUGAUUCAGAUACCGAUUACUAAUAUCACCGGAAUAAUACUUUAUCCAGACCUUUGCCCAAUCAGGUUGGGGGCGGCGCUGAGUAAACUGAGUCUAACUCGCAUUUAGCUGAAUGUCAGUUAUGACUUUCCAAACGGACUCAGGGUGAUACCUUAUUCUUGAUCGGCACAGGUAUCUACGACAUUUUGGAAAUACCAACAGACAAAUCAGAGUAACUAGUAUUAUUCAUCAAUCUGGUUUUUGAGGACAAUUUGAGAUCUGAGUUUGGUCUUGGAGACUGACCAUUUAGUUCAGGGAGAGCGACAUCAAAUCCUCUUUGUAUUAUGUCGUAUCUUUAUUGACAA